AUGGAAGGAACCGUAGCUGCUCUAGAAGAAUCCAAGGAGAUGCAGCCCAAUGAAGCAGAGAUGCCUUUUGCUGGUGCCCUGAGAGAGGGUGCUAAUCCCAGCCUCUUUGGGCAGACUGAAGAGCCUGCCAGCAUCCCCCAGGAGCACACAAUAAAGCGCUUUCUGAAGGAAGACCCAGAAGAGACAGAGCUUGUCCAGUUCCUCAGGGAUUCCCCAACCGAAAAGACCUGCCAUCGUGUGAAGCCAGAAGACAUCCAUCAGGAGAAAAGAUCCAGCCAGGGUGGGACUGAAAUGUUCCCUAGUACUGCAGUCCAGGCCAUUCCCAAAGAUGCUUUGGAGGAAAAGGAGCGGAAGGCCUUCUACCGCCCUCAGCCUCUAGAUCUGAAACAGCAGCACAUGGCUGCUCCGGCACCCCCAAGCCCAUCUCGUCCCAGAAGCCCCUGGGGCAGGCUUGACCCGUAUGAAUCUGAUGAGGAUGAUAAAGAAUAUGUGGGAUUUGCAACACUUCCUAAUCAGGUCCAUCGGAAAUCUGUGAAAAAAGGAUUUGAUUUCACACUAAUGGUUGCAGGAGAGUCUGGACUGGGGAAGUCCACUCUGGUGAACAGCCUUUUUCUUACAGAUUUGUACAAAGAUCGCAAACUCUUAAAUGCAGAAGAAAGGAUUGUCCAGACUGUGGAGAUUACCAAACACGUGGUGGACAUAGAGGAGAAAGGUGUGAAACUUCGCUUAACCAUUGUGGACACACCAGGUUUUGGAGAUGCUUUAAACAACACAGAAUGCUGGAAGCCUGUGGCUGAUUACAUAGAUCAGCAGUUUGAGCAGUAUUUCCGGGAUGAAAGUGGCCUUAACCGGAAAAAUAUUCAGGACAACCGUGUCCAUUGCUGCCUCUACUUCAUCUCUCCUUUUGGUCACGGUUUGCGACCUCUGGAUAUCGAAUUCAUGAAAGCGCUCCAUCAGCGUGUGAACGUUGUUCCUGUCUUAGCCAAGGCUGACACUCUCAUGCCCUCGGAGGUGGAACGAAUGAAAAGCAAGAUUCGUGAUGAAAUUGAUCAUUUUGGGAUCCGGAUCUACCAGUUUCCUGAUUGUGAUUCAGAUGAAGAUGAGGAUUUCAAGCUGCAGGAUGAAGCACUCAAGGAGAGCAUCCCCUUCGCUGUGAUUGGCAGCAACACCAUUGUGGAGACGAAAGGCAAGCGGAUCCGAGGGAGGCUGUACCCUUGGGGCGUCGUUGAAGUGGAGAAUCCUACGCACUGUGACUUUGUCAAGCUGCGCACCAUGCUGGUGAGGACCCAUAUGCAGGACCUGAAGGACGUGACUCGGGAGACUCACUAUGAGAACUACCGGGCUCAGUGCAUUCAGAGCAUGACUCGUAUGGUGGUGAAAGAGCGGAAUCGCAACAAGCUAACCCGAGAAAGUGGGACGGAUUUCCCCAUCCCGGCUGUGCCCACAGUGCCAGAUUCAGAGACAGAGAAGCUGAUCCGGGAGAAGGAUGAGGAGUUACGAAGAGUGCAGGAAAUGUUGCAGAAGAUCCAGCAGCAGAUGGAAGAGUCGUAGUAAUCAUAAAUUGCCUGCCCCCCACAUAUUCCUCUACCCCUGCUGGCUGACAUCCUUCCAAGGCAGAAAAUGUUUACAUCCCACCGGAUUUCACUGCA